GUACUUUCACGGCUCCCUUCUCUACAGAUCUUCACCCAAGUCUGGAUUUUUAAACUUCCAUCCUCCUCUUUGAUUCCUCUAUGCUCUGUAUCUCUGUCUCUCUGUAAAACCCCAUCACUAAAACAACCGAUUCUGACCCAUUUCUGAUCACACGAAAAAAAUGUGGAGAAACAUUUUCGGAAGAGCUACUCUGAGAAAGAUCAAAACUUUCUCCGAUCCCACCUCCGCCACUCACCUCCCUCGCAUCCUCUCAUCAAUUAAUCUCCCCGCUAACCUCCCAAACCGAUUACCCACAAACCCAAUUAACCAAUUCAGAGGAGCAUCCUCUGUUUUUCCAAAUCAAAACUUCACCUUUAAAGGUUUCGCCACAGCUGCUCAAACCAUCGAUUCAACAGACCCAGAAGACGAAUCAUCAUCCGGGUCCGACGAAGUCAACGAAUUGCUCUCCGCAAUGGAGAAGGAAACAGAGAGGGUCCGCAAAAAGGCUCGGCUUUUAUCGAAACAGCCGGUGAAAGUCGUUUCCGGGAUGGGAGCUCAGAAGUAUUACUCGUUGAAGCAGAGACAGGUCAAGCUCGAGACGGAGGAGUGGGAGAAAGCUGCUAAGGAGUGUCAAGAGAUUAUAGAGGACAUGUGUGAGCAGAAGCUUGCUCCUAAUCUUCCUUAUGUGAAGUCUCUGUUUUUAGGGUGGUUUGAGCCUUUGAGAGAUGCGAUUCAAGGGGAUUUAGAUGGGUUUAAGGUUAAGAAAGGGAAGAUUCCUUAUGCGUCUUAUAUGGAGAUGUUGCCUGCUGAUAUGAUGGCGGUUAUCACUAUGCAUAAGAUGAUGGGGUUGUUGAUGACUAAUGCUGAAGGUGUUGGUGUUGUUAAGGUUGUUAAUGCUGCUACUCAGAUUGGGGAAGCUAUUGAGCAGGAGGCUAGGAUCAAUAGUUUUAUGAAGAAAGCUAAGAAGAAGAAGAAUGUGGUGGAUGAUGAAUCAGAAGGUGUAGAUGCUUUAAGAGAGGCUGAGACAAAGGAAACAGUGAAGCUGAAGAAACAGAUUAAUACAUUGUUGAAGAAGCAUAAGGUGAGGCAAGUGAGAGGAAUAGUGAAGGCACAUGACUCGUUCAAGUCAUGGGGUCAAGAGGCUCAAGUGAAGGUUGGUGCACGUUUGAUUCAGUUGUUGAUGGAAACUGCAUAUAUACAACCUCCAGCUGAACAGUUUGAUGAUGGUCCACCUGAGAUCCGGCCUGCUUUUAAGCAAUCUUCCAGAACUGUCACAAUAGAAAAUAAAAAAUUAAGCAGGAAAUAUGGUUGCAUCGAAUGCGAUCCUCUGAUCCGAAAGGGCCUUGACAAAUCAGCUAGACAUAUGGUCAUUCCCUACUUGCCAAUGCUAAUACCUCCCCAGAACUGGACAGGGUAUGAUCAAGGGGCACACUUUUUCUUACCUUCGUACAUCAUGAGAACACAUGGAGCUAAACAACAACGUGUUGCUAUAAAACGAACUCCCAAGGCGCAACUGGAGCCAGUAUUCAAGGCGUUAGAUACUCUUGGAAACACCAAAUGGAGGAUAAACAAAAAGGUGUUAAGUUUGGUGGAUAGAAUUUGGGCUAAUGGAGGUCGCGUUGGUGGUCUGGUUGACCGUGAUGACGUACCCAUUCCAGAGGAGCCCGACAGUGAAGACCAGGAAGAAAUAAAGCAAUGGAAAUGGAAAUUGAAGGAAGCAAAUAAGGAAAACAGCGAGAGACAUUCUCAAAGGUGUGAUGUAGAGCUCAAACUCGAGGUGGCACGUAAAAUGAAGGACGAAGAAGGUUUCUACUUCCCUCACAACGUUGACUUUCGUGGCCGAGCGUAUCCCAUGCAUCCAUAUCUUAACCAUCUCGGGUCUGAUCUCUGCCGUGGCAUUCUUGAGUUUUGUGAGGGAAAGCCUCUUGGGGAAUCAGGAUUAAGGUGGCUGAAGAUACAUAUAGCAAACUUGUAUGGUGGUGGUGUUGAUAAGUUUGCGUAUAAGGAUCGGGUUGCAUUUACCGAGAGUCACUUAGAAGAUAUAUUUGACUCUUCCGAUAGACCUCUUGAAGGAAAAAGAUGGUGGCUUAAUGCAGAGGAUCCCUUUCAGUGUUUGGCUGCUUGCAUGAACCUUUCAGAAGCUUUACGAAGCCCAUUUCCUGAAGCAGCUAUAUCUCAUAUUCCUAUCCACCAGGAUGGUUCAUGUAAUGGUUUACAACACUAUGCUGCUCUUGGGAGGGAUCAGAUUGGAGCAGCUGCUGUCAACCUUUUUACAGGUGAAAAGCCGGCUGAUGUUUAUGCAGAUAUUGCUGCUAGAGUUCUCAACAUCAUGCGGCAAGAUGCAGAGGAAGAUCCUGAAACAUUUCCCAAUGCCACAUAUGCCAAGCUCAUGCUCGACCAGGUUGACAGGAAGCUGGUAAAACAGACCGUCAUGACAUCAGUGUAUGGUGUUACUUAUAGUGGCGCACGUGACCAAAUCAAGAAGAGGUUAAAAGAACGUGGUGCCUUUUCGGACGAUUCACAAAAUUUUCAUGCAUCUUGUUAUGCAGCAAGAGUCACUUUGAAAGCACUAGAAGAGAUGUUUGAAGCUGCCAGAGCCAUCAUGAGUUGGUUUGGUGAAUGUGCAAAGAUAAUAGCUUCACAAAACAAAGCAGUUUGUUGGACGACUCCUCUUGGUCUUCCAGUUGUACAACCCUAUCGGAAGGCUGAAAGACACUUGGUUAAGACUACCCUUCAGGUGUUGACUCUACAACGAGAGACUGAAAAGGUAACUCAACCAUAUUUUCAUUUCGUUAUAUUUGUCUCAACUUUAUGCGACAUAUGCUCUGUAUUCUUGGUUCAGGUCAUGGCAAGGAAGCAGAUGACAGCUUUCGCACCAAAUUUUGUACAUUCCCUUGAUGGGUCUCACAUGAUGAUGACAGCAGUCGCCUGCAACAAGGCGGGUUUGAGUUUUGCAGGGGUGCAUGACUCAUUCUGGACGCAUGCGUCUGAUGUUGAUCUAAUGAACAAUAUACUCAGAGAGAAGUUUGUUGAGCUCUAUGAGAAGCCGAUCUUAGAAAAUUUGUUGGAGAGUUUCCAGAAGUCAUUCCCAGGCCUAACUUUUCCACCAUUGCCAGAACGAGGCGACUUUGAUCUGAGGGAGGUCAUACGGUCGCCAUACUUUUUCAAUUAAUUUUGCAGCACAUUCACGUUACGUUUGCAUAAUGGAAGCUCUCCAAUGCUCCAUCUAACAUUCAAGGCAGAGUAGGUGUGCCUUCUUCAUGCCACACUGAUCAAAGGGAAAAGAGUCUUUGCAGUCAGCAAUGAGGAAUGUUUUUGAUGGUUAACCUCAACUCAGAGGUGGGCGCUUAGAACACUUGUAAAUAACAAAGAGAAAAGAGUGUUUCAAAGCUUGGCAUCAGGGGGAAAGCGUUGGAUCGGGGAUAUAUCGAACCAAUGGAUUCAGCUUCAGCCUGAGUCUUUUACGGAGUUAGUGUUGUAAUAAACUAUAAACAUGUGCUAAAUGAAAAUCAUUUAGGUGUUCUUAGUAGACUUAUGAAAUUUUGAUUGACGUGUACGUUGAUUUUCUUUUAUAUUAUACACAUUAUACUUAUAUCCGUUUCAGAUUCAAAUUGUGGAAUAAUCAUAUCAUUAAGC